UUAUUGCAUUCAUCCUGCUUUGUUGACUUGGUUCCACUCAAAUAUUUUGUUUUCUUUUCUCUUUAUAUUUAUGAAAUUCCGAUGCGUAAGUGAUGUUAAUAAUUGGUCAUAAGAUCGAAGCAGAUUCGUUAAGAUCACAGUGAACAAGUGUGUACAUACAACCGUUAAUGGUUCCGUCAAAGUAGAAAUUAAUUGCAAACGAAAAUAGUUGCACAAUUUGUCAUACAGUAUAGGUACAAUAAAAUACGCAGGGGGGCCGAAAGACCCAAAAUCUAUCCGUUUCUCCGAAAUUUGUUUUGUCCAUUUGAACGAUGGAUAUUGUCGAUAUUGAUAAGGUUCUGGACGAUUUUGAAUUGAACGAAGACAAUGAUCGCAACAACGAUCGUAGCGAUCAAUUGAGGCAGCCAAUACAAGUUGACAAAUUGACCGCAUCGAUUCCACAGCGAAACCAUCAACAGAGCAGUUCGCCCGUUCCCAGCAAACAGUUCGUCAACGUAUCGAAUGUGUUCCACAGUUUAAACGAGUACGUGAACGCGGGUGUUGAUUCUAAAACGCCACAAUAUGUAGAGGAACAAUCAGAUGAUGUUGGCGUUACAUCGGAUGAACUAACCACAUCCACAUCGUCAAUGUCACCGAAUUCGGAGUCGAAAAUUAAAUUAGUGUACGAAAAGUCUUUGUUAUCGGGUUCGUUAAACGACUCCGUUGCUCUGAUGACAACAUCGUCAUCGUCAUCAUCAUCGACUGAAUCAUCAACAACAGACUUAUCGCCGAGAUCGAUUACAUCGUCCGUAUCGCUGAUAAGAAACAGUCCAUCGUUGACAAAUGAUGAUGAGGUAGGCAAAGACCAUGGCUAUCAAAUGAAUGACACUACCGACCUAUCACGUGUGCCAAAGACGAAAGCCGAAACUAACGAUGAACAGAUUGGAUUUUCAUCUGUGUCGUCAAUGUGCCUCAACGAACAAGUCGAACAUGCCUCAUCAUCCCAUAGCAGUUACAGUCAGGAUGUCAUCAGCAACGAAAGUGAAAGUUCAUCUCUAUCGCCGUUGAAUCCACCAGAAGAGCCGAAUGACGGUCAAAUCCAUGAAGAAAUUAAAGUCGUUGAAAACGAGCCGAAUCAGACCGUUCCCAGUUCGCUGAUGCCAACAAAGCCGAUUGGAUUCGAAUCUACCAUGGAUGACGUAUCUGAUACGGAACUAGAAAGCUAUUUGCAAGAACUGGAACUGGAGCCUGUCCUGAACGAUGCGUUGGCAAAUUGUGAAAAUGUAGCGACUGAGGACGCAGCUGCACAAAGUGAGAAAACAAUCGAAACGGGACCAAAUCGUGUGGCAGACGAUAGCGUCGAGGAUCGAAAUCAACCGAAUGCCGAUAGCUUUUCGCAGGCUUCGACUGUUGAAUUUGCAGAUACUCGGCUGCAUAGCGAUUUCGAGCAAUCACCGGUGGUCGACAAUGUACGCGUGGAACAGGCCGAAGAAAUUGAUGUCCAAGAAGAUUUGUCAGAAGCUGAGGCAGCAGUAGAAGGUCCAUCUCCGUAUGAGAAACCAUUGCAACGACCGAAUUCUCUUGAUUUGGCGGUAAAAGUUGUCGUGGAAAAUGAAUGUCAUGCAGAUGAGGCUGAUCAAACACCGACCGAACAGGCGCCACCACCACCACCACCAAUGGAGUCAUCCUUUUCCGCUGAUAUCAGUAAUACGACAUCGACGUCAAGUUCUGAAGACUUUGGAGCAUCAUCGAUCAGCGCAUCGUCAACGCAACCAACAACAAGUCAACUCGGCAAAGUUCAGCCAUACUGGAUUCCCGACAAUGUUACCAGCACCUGUAUGCAAUGCCAGAUAAAGUUUUCGUUAAUCAAACGACGUCAUCACUGUCGCGCCUGCGGUCAAGUACUGUGUUCGGCUUGUUGUUCACUGCGAGCGAAAUUAGAGUAUAUGGGAGACGUGGAGGCGCGAGUCUGCACUGCAUGCGAACGAAAACUGAACAGAGACGAUGCAUUCAAUUCACCGGACGAUCCGUAUCAAUCAUCGGAUCGGCCAUCAAUUCCACCUAAUCCCAAUAAUCCAAUGGAAUAUUGCUCGGUCAUUCCGCCGCACCAGCAGGUGGCACAAUCUUCGCAGGCAUCGCCAAUAUCGGUAAUGGUGCCCGUUGGAGUGUUGAAACGUGAAGGUGCUCGUGGUCCGAGAAAGGAUAAAAAUGUCAUGUUUAGCGACGGGAUACGACCUGGUUGUGAUCUAACGGAUUUGGACAACUGGGACAAAUGUAAUUCGACUGAAAGUGGGUCCAAGAAGUCUAGCAAACGCGUUUCCACGCCAAUCGGUGAACGACCCAAGAAUAAAAUAAAAUUGAAAUUACCGCCGAUCGACCAGUCAAAUGACUCGUUCAUCCCGAGCGAGGCAAACGCUCUGCCUCCAAUUUACACCGCAACACGCACCGAUUUUCAGUUCAGCGAUGCGAUAAACGACGGUCAUCUGAUUGAAACACUCCACAAUGAGACUCUAACAUUCGCCGUGCAACGUAACUUUUAUGUGUUGGUGCGGAUUGUGAAACUGACUUGCUGCAUGAACAAAACGGUCAUCAAUUUUACCACAAAGGGAAUGCACCAUGUAAACCAGGACGAGAUCGUAAUUUUGCUGGAAAUGGACGAUUCGAAUUGUCUUCCCAAAGAUAUUUUCCUGCAUUUGAACGAAAUCUAUCGCGAUGCCAAAAACGGAACAACAAUCGGUGAGCUCGGCUUUUCUAUGCCCAGCCACGGAAACUUUCUCGGUUCCAAGGAGCACGGUGGCUUUCUGUACAUUCGUACGACCUUCCAAUGCCUUGAAAAUGUAAACGUUCCCGAAAAUCCAUUCCUCGUCGCAAUUUUGAUUCAUCGGUGGGAAGUGCCGUGGGCGAAAAUAUUCCCGUUGCGGCUGAUGUUGCGUCUGGGUGCACUGCAUCGAUAUUAUCCCAGUCCUCAUGUAUCCGUUCGUGGACGCAAUUCGGUCUAUGCCGAAAUAGCUCAAACGAUCAUCAAUUUCCUGGCCGAUUUCCGUACAUAUUCGUACACACUGCCAACGAUCCAUGGAAUGUACAUACACAUGGAGGAGCGCACCACUAGCAUGCUGAUUCCACGGAAUCGGUACGACGAGGUCAUGAAGGCUAUGAACAAUUCCAGUGAAUACAUUCUAGCGUUAGCGGGAAACUUCUCCGAGAAAGCGGACGGUCACUUAGUCUGUUUCCAAAACACUGAAUCUGGCUGCACAGAAACGCGCACCUAUUCUACACAAGCAGUCAAUAUCCAAGGGCGGACCAGAAAGGUUACCGGCGCAAGUUUCCUUGUGUUAAACGGUGCACUGAAGUCAGCUAGUGGCCUGUCCGGUAAAUGUAGCAUCGUCGAAGACGGUCUCAUGGUGCAAAUACUGCCGAGCAAAAUGAUUGCCGUGCAAAAGGCACUACGCGAAGCCGAAGACUUUGAGAUAUUGUGUGGACCGGUAGACGGUGAUAAUACACAAACGGAAAUUGUGUCUGUAAAGUGGGUGGAAAAUGAUACUGAAUUCAACAAGGGUGUUGUGUCGCCAAUCGACGAUAAGUCCAUGAAGGGAAUCCGAAGCAUCAAAGUGCAUCGAGGAUACGAACUGGCUAGCACGAAUCAUAUCAUUCGAUGGACGGAAGUGUUUAUCAUUCAGAGCGAUGAAGACUCACAAUACGGCAAAGAUCCAACGGAUGUCACCAAACUGUCCGAACAGAUAGCGAAGAGUGUGUCGAAAGCGCUGCUUUCGUACUUGGAUCUACUUGUAACCAGUGGUUUCGUCAAAAUAGGGCUUAGAGCAACGCUUCACACUGAAAACGUGUGCUACGAAGCUGGCAGUCUACAUACCAAACUGGGAACGCUGUACAUGAAAGCCUUGGACAACGAACUCAUUCCGGUGCUGCACAGUCAAGCGACCAAUCUCAGCUUGGAAACGCCUAUCGUUCUUGAAUUGAUUUUUCAUAUUCUCGACGACUAAGUCUGUUUCGGCGACAGCCGUUUAUUUUCCGAGAAUGUCAGCCGGUGUUCGUCUCAUCCAAAAAAUCUGUAAUUUAUUUUAGUCACCCGGGGUAAUGCUAAUACUGUUGUCGUUCAAUGAUCAAUGUUCUGAGGGAUUGUCCAAUGUUUAAAGUUUAAAAUAAAAGUGAAGCAAAGUGAA